GUGGGGAGAGCGUGUGAACGGGGCCAGCCCGCAGUCCCGGCAAAGGUAGACCCGGAGUAGAGACCCCCACCCUUAACCCAGCCUGGCCUGGAGGAAGUGGCGACCCCCGAUCAAGCCGCGCCAAAGAACUCCGGCAACUUCAAAGGCGCCGCUUCCCUAGGCUGGGAAUUGGGGAGGGGGUCGUUUUUUUCGUGCUCGGCCGGGCCGGGAGGGAGACGCAUCUGCGGGGCUCUGCUGCGACCCCGGCCCGGAGUCUGCCUCUCUUUCUCUCUGCCGCCUGCCCACCCACCCACUCGCGACCUCCCGAGAAGCGGGUCGGAAAAGAGGGUCUUCGGCGCCCUCCGCCCGGCUGAUCGGCGAGGAAGACCCCCCACCCCCCCAACUCCGCCUCCGGACCGUCCAGACGAAAUGAAUCUGACCCGGCGCUUCGUGCUGGCGCUGCAGCUGCUGGCCGCAAAGCUUCUGGCGCAUCAAGGCUGUGAAAACGGGCAGAGGGCUUCGUCUGGAGAAUGCUGCACUCUGUGUCCCCCGGGUUUUGGGGCACGUGUGCCCUGUGGUAGCACCAACACUGUAUGUGAACCCUGCCAAGAAAAUGUGACGUUCUCCUCCACCACCAGUGCCACCGACCCGUGCCGGCCGUGUUCCACAUGCCCGAGACAUCUUCCCACCCGCGAUUCCUGCACUGCGACACGCGACACGCUCUGUGUCGCUAGCUGUCCACGUGGACAUUACCUCGCGCCGGGAAACGGGACCCAGCCUCCAGGGUCUUGCGUUCCUUGCAAAGUGUGCGAGGAAGGCUUUGGGGCGACCCAGGCAUGCAAGCAUGGCACUGACACAUCGUGCCAAAAGUGCAGUGAGGGUUAUUACUCGGAGGUGAAGAGCCCGUACGAGCCGUGUCUGCUUUGCCGACGGGAAUGCGGCCCAAAGGAGGUCAUGAUCCAGCCUUGCACCCCGUUGUCGGACACCCUGUGCAUGGAUAAAGAGCUGCAGAUCCUGAAACGGCCUGAAGGGGCGCCCCGGAAGGACCAUCCGAGGAGGACGGCGCCCCUAGAGGCGGAAGGCGGCGAUUCUCCCAACUCGUCUUCCGAGUUUGUGCCCUCCCUGGUGGACGACCACCCCAACAGCAUCAUCCCUGUUUACUGCUCCAUCUUGGCCGCUGUGGUGGUGGGGCUCCUCGCCUACGUGGGUUUCAAAUGCUGGACCACAUGCAAGCAGAAGCACCAGCUGGCCAAAGCCCGGAUGGGGGAGUUGGCCUCUUCCCCCGAAGGAGAAAAACUUCAUGGAGACAGCGGGGUCUUCCUGGACACGCACAGCCUGCAGGAGCAGCACCAGCUGAACAAGGGAGGACCGAAAGCGGAGCCCCGCCUAUACAGCAGCCUCCCCCACCCUCUACAAGAGGAAGUAGAGCAGAUGCUGGAAAUGCCCACCCCCCAAGGCAAAGACUGGCGCAGUCUUGCCCAGCACAUGGGCUACGCAGACGAAACCAUCCAGACCAUCGGCUGGGGGGAGGCCCCUGCCCACACACUGCUCUCCGAUUGGUCGGCCCAAGAGGGGGCCACGCUGGAGGCCCUGAGCGAGGCCCUGUCUGCCGUUGAGCGGGGGGACGUGGCGGACCGUCUGAACAUGCCCCUCGAGGUUAGCUCGGUGGUGUGAAGACUCGGACCCCCCCUCUGUUGCUGCCGCCCCCCUCUGCCCCCACCCUGGACCUCCAACAGUUAUUUUUCUCACUCUGGGUUUUUCCUUAAAAAAUAAUAAGAAGAUUUUAACUAACAGGAUAGUCGAGAGGGAUGAGGACACUUUGGAUACCGUAAUAGGGCUUUGCUUUGGGGGGGGGGGUAAAUUGGACAAACCAUCAGGGAGGGCUGGAUGGAAAUUACCAAGAUGCGUAACAGGAGGAAGAAAAAAACACCACCGUUCCUUCAGGCAUGUUCCUUCUCUAGAAUAGUAUUUUGGAUUUCCUGGUGGUGCCCUAUCUACACUGAUUUAGGUUUUGGUCAAUUACGUCCUCCCAUCAAGUCAGUCCAAGUCUCUCUCUCUCUCUCUCUUUCAUUCUUUUUUUCCCCUCUCAUUCUCUCUCCCAUUCUCCCAUUUUCUUCCUUUCCUUUUUUCUACCUGUUCUUUCAUUCUUUCUCAUUCCGUCU